AUGUCGACAAUGGACGCGCAGGAUGAGCUGGAGGAGGCGGUGAGCCGAAUUUACGGCGAGUGGCUUGCGCGAGGCGGCGGCCGCUCCGGCUCUCGGACUCGUCGAGUGUGGCUGGUGUUUUGGAAUGUGCACUCCCUCGCCCUCCUCCAAUACCCUUUCAACCCCUCGCCCUUUCCAAUCCCUGCUCACCCCUCUCCACCAUUCCAUCUCCCUUCCUCCUUCCCGCCCCACACCUUCCUCUCCGUGGAGUGUGGUUACCAGUCGGCCAUGGCUGGUGAGCUUCAGGUGCCGCCAGGUGAGCUUCAGGUGCCGCCAGGUGAGCUUCAGGUGCCGCCAGGUGAGCUUCAGGUGCCGCCAGGUGAGCUUCAGGUGCCGCCAGGUGAGCUUCAGGUGCCGCCGCCAUUUGAGCUUCAGGUGCCAUCAGAAUCCAGAGGGCGGCUUUGGAGGUGGGCCUGGGCAGGUGAGAACAGUCACAUGCACUCCCAUCCACCCCCUCACAUGCACUCCCAUCCACCCCCUCACAUGCACUCCCAUCCACCCCCUCACAUGCACUCCCAUCCACCCCCUCACAUGCACUCCCAUCCACCCCCUCACAUGCACUCCCAUCCACCCCCUCACAUGCACUCCCAUCCACCCCCUCACAUGCACUCCCAUCCACCCCCUCACAUGCACUCCCAUCCACCCCCUCACAUGCACUCCCAUCCACCCCCUCACAUGCACUCCCAUCCACCCCCUCACAUGCACUCCCAUCCACCCCCUCACAUGCACUCCCAUCCACCCCCUCACAUGCACUCCCAUCCACCCCCUCACAUGCACUCCCAUCCACCCCCUCACAUGCACUCCCAUCCACCCCCUCACAUGCACUCCCAUCCACCCCCUCACAUGCACUCCCACCCUCUCACGUGCACCCGCACCCUCUCACCAUUCCUCUCCCCUCAUUCCCCCUCUCUCUCCCCCCCCUUCGGUUCCCCGAACCCCGCCCCCAACCCACCUUGUGUGCUGUGCUGUGCGUCUCCUGCACUGCAUGCCAAGCAGCUGGCCCACUUAGCCACCACGUAUGCAGCUGUGGCAGCGCUGGUGACGGUGGGAGGGGAGGAGGCUCUCUCCGUGCCCUUCUCUUACGCCUCUGCUCAGUUCGUUCUUUCACCCUUCCCCCCCUCCCUCCUCGUCCUCUUCCCCCCGCCGUCUCUUCCCCUUCUCCUCUUCCUCUGCUCAUUUCAUUGUUCUCUAUCUUUCCUCUUCCCUCCUCUAGCCCUUAACUGUAACUCCCUCGUCUUCCCACAUGUCCCUCCUCUUCCCGCAUGUCCCUCCCUCGCACUUACUCUCCUCCGUCUGAGGACUAGGAAAUCGAUGCUUGCCUUUCUGCGCCGCAUGAAGUGCCAAUCAGGAGGUUUCAGGCUCCAUCAAGGGGGGGAAACGGACGUGAGGGGGUGUUAUACUGCUAUGGCGGUGGCUGACCUUCUCUGCAUCCGCCCACCUGACCUUACAGAGAACGUGGCAGCAUACGUAUACAGGUGUCAGACUUAUGAAGGGGGCAUUGGGGGAGAGCCUGGCGCAGAGGCGCAUGGGGGUUACACAUUCUGUGCGCUCGCUGCGAUGCUAUUGGCUGGUGCUGACCCUUGGGAGCAUCUCAACCUGCCCCUGCUCCUGGACUGGCUGGUGUUUAGGCAGGGCAGUGUGGAGGGGGGCUUUCAGGGGCGAAGCAACAAGCUGGUGGACGCCUGCUACAGCCUCUGGCAGGGUGGCCUCUUCCCUCUCCUCGCCCUCUGCUCCUCCUCCCACACCCGCCCCACUGGCGAUGCCAGCUCAGCGCAACAGCCGAGCAACGUGAGCUCAGUGCCGCGUACAGAGGGUGCAGGGGGAGACCAGCAAGCCAUGCAGGCGGACAACAAUGGGGAGGUGAGGGGGGCUGUUGGUGAGCCCAGUGGUGUCGCUGGUUGUUCCGGGCAAGAAAAGAGGCAAGAAGAGAGCGGCGCUGAAGAGCGCUCCAGUGGAAGCGAAGGCGGUGGAGGUGAUGGGAGAGGUGGAGAGGGGGCGGAGGAUGAGGAGGAUGAGGAGGAGGAAGAUGAGGAGGAUGAGUGGGAGGAAGCAGAUGUGGAGUCGUUUCACCGUGUUCCCUUGGCGGCUGCUGCUGACCUCUUCCCUUGCCCCGAGUCUCUCUUACCGCCUGCUGGAGCUGGGGAGGGAGGCGAGAGGACGGGAGGAGAGAGGGGGGGAGGAGAGGAGAGGGGAGGGGAGGGAGAGGAGGGGAGGGAAGGGGCGGCAGGUGCAGUGCGAGGGGAGUCGGGGGACAGGGCAACUGCACGUGGUGGGAGUGAUUGGGUUGGCAGCUUCUGUUACAACAACGUGGCGUUACAGGCAUACCUGCUGCUCUGCUGCCAGGUUAGUGCCAUACCUGCUGCAAGGUUGGUACCGUACCUCACCACACCACCUCAAUCUUCUCUUGACGCUUCACCACCUUUCCCUCCCACUUCCCUUCCUGCCCCCAAAUCCAGUCAUGGAGACUGCCUCUUGCCUUUCCAUUUCCGAAGCCCUUCCCUUGUCUGCCGUCUGUAUGCCAUGCCAGCCUCCACCAUCAUCAUGAUCCUCUUUGCACCUCGGCACUCCCCUCUCUUCACUUGCCGUGCGUGCAGAUGCCAGAGGGGGGACUGA